GGAACAACCGGAUGUGGUGGGCUUCACAAAGAUGUCCGUCCUUGAUUCAAAGUUGAUUUUGGAGGAACAGAACACCACAAAUGGAGACAAACUUCAACCCUUUGCUCAGAGUGAUGAUGUCCACCGAAAACCAGGAAAAAUGGAUAAACUGUACAAGUGUUACCAAUGUCAGAAAACGUUCAGCCAAUUAUCUGAUAUAAAAAGGCAUCAACGCAUCCACAAUGAGGAAAAAUCACAAACCUGUGAUCAGUGUGGGAUCACAUUCAGGCUGUCAUGGAGCCUAAAAAGACAUCAACUCAUCCACAGUGGAGAGAAACCGCACACCUGUGACCAAUGUGAGAAAUCUUUCAGCCAUGCAUAUAUUCUAAAGAAACACAAACUCAUCCACAGUAAAAAUAAAACUUACACCUGUGACCAAUGUGGGAAAUCUUGGAACUGCUUAUUUACCCUACAGAAACACCAACGCAUCCACAGUGGAGAGAAACCAUACACAUGUGACCAAUGUGGGAAAUCUUUCAGCCAGUUAUCUUACCUACAAAAACACCAAUAUAUCCACAGUGGAGAGAAACCAUACACCUGUAACCAAUGUGGGAAAUGUUUCAGCUUUGCAUCUACCCUACAAAUACACAAACGCAUUCACAGUGGAGAGAAACCAUACAUCUGUGACCAAUGUGGGAAAUCUUUCAGCCAGUUAUGUAACUUACAAAAACACCAACGCAUCCACAGGGGAGAGAAACUGUACAUCUGUGAACAAUGUGGGAAAUUUUUCGGCCUGUCAGAGAGUCUCAGGAUACACCAGCGCAUCCACAGCGGAGAGAAACCAUACAGCUGUGACCAGUGUGGAAGAGCUUUUAGUAAUUCACGCACACUGAGGACACACCAAGCUAUCCACAGUGGUGAAAAGCCACAUACCUGUGUUCAAUGUGGAAUCGCUUUCAGUCAGUCACGGGACCUAAAACGACAUAAAGUCAUCCACAGUGGAGAGAAACCAUACACCUGCGAGCGAUGUGGUAAAUCUUUCAGCCACUUGUCUAGCCUAAGGAGACACAAACACAUCCACAGUGGAGACAAACCCUACACCUGUGGCCAGUGUCCAAGAACUUUCAGCCAGUCAUCAGUCUUAAAAACACACCAACUUAUCCACAGUGGAAAUAAACGUUACACCUGUGGAGAAUGUCAGAAGAGUUUCAGUCGCAUGCAUCGGUACUUGAAGCACAAACGGAUCCAUACAGGAGACAAACCAUAAUGAUCAAGUUGGUUUAGCAUAG